GCUGGAGGAACUUGAACGUGGAGAGAAGGGUAUUGGAGAUGGCACAGUUAGUUACGGAAUGGAUGACGGAGAUGACAUUUACAUGCGUUCUUGGACGGGUACCAUAAUUGGUCCUCAUAAUUCUGUGCGUGAGGGACGCAUCUAUCAGUUGAAGCUAUUCUGCGGCAAAGAUUAUCCAGAAAAACCUCCAACUGUACGUUUCCAUUCACGGAUCAACAUGACUUGUGUGAAUCAUGAGACUGGAGUGGUAGAACCAAAGAAGUUUGCGAUGUUGUCAAAUUGGCAGCGACAUUACACAAUGGAGACCAUGCUGACACAACUGAAGAAGGAGAUGUCAGCCCCAGGCAAUCGGAAAUUGGUCCAGCCUCCUGAAGGUGCUUGCGAAAAAGAAGACUAGAUGGAGAGGAUGAACUAAUCAUUUGCAUAUGAUGUUAAUACAGUUUGUAAUACUUCUUAUUAAAGUUUCAAGGCGCUUAAGACACCUUUACGGGUUUCAAA